AACCAGCCAUUACUCAUUUGUCAAUUGUGCGCUCGACACCGAUAAGGACGGACUAGGACUUCUCUUGUCACGCCAAUAUAGUUCACAUUUUAUUUUAAAAUGAGUUUCACUGUUAUUCAACGGUUUGUUGUAGCAAAUAUUUUAACUGUUGUAUAUAGUAGCUUAGUUGCAAUCGUUAUUUUCCUGAAUUCAUUAAUAUAUCAACUUAAAAAUAUUGGUAAACAAAAGCCGAAAUUUGUUCCUCCCGCUAGUCUUACCGAUCGAAAGUAUGGUGUGCAUAAAUAUAUUAAAGCUAAUAAUGUGAAAUUACAUUACGUGGAGAGUGGUGAUCCAUCUAAACCACUUUUGCUGUUCCUGCACGGAUUCCCAGAGUUUUGGUAUACCUGGCGGCAUCAAAUUGUUGAAUUUAAUAAAGAUUAUUGUUGCGUGGCACUAGAUAUGCGUGGCUACGGAGAUUCAGAAAAACCAGAAGGAAUAUCUUCCUAUAAACUAGAUAUACUCGUCGAAGACGUGCGGGAUUUUAUAAGAAAAUUGGGUCGGAGCAAGUGCAUACUUGUAAGCCACGAUUGGGGUGGCAUAGUGGCCAGUAAGUUUCGUGACACACAUCCUGAAUAUUUAGAUGGUAUAAUAAUGUUCGCAAGUAUAACCAGAGAAUCUUGGCAUCGAGAGAUUUGGAGUAACCUAGAACAGCAUUUUAGAUCAUGGUAUACUUUCUUUUUCCUUGUGCCAAAGUUACCUGAGUGGACUCUGCAGAUGGGAGGCUUAAAGGUGUUUGAAGAUAUGUUUAAACAUGACGGCAAAAAUGUCGAUGAGGAUACUAUUCUAUGCUAUAAAUACACAUUUAGUAAACCAGGUUCCUUCACGGCACCUGUAAACUACUACCGAGCUGUAUUCUCUUUGACAUGCCCUGAAAAAUAUAUAGAUAAUAAUGUCCCAAUGCUUGUGGCUAACGCGGAGAAAGAUGUAGCGUUAGUUCCAAACUUAUUGAAUCGUAUAAAAGAGGAAUACAAGUACGUAGAAACAAUACUUGUAAAGGACACCCACCAUUUCUUACAAGAACAGGAACCAGAAAAAGUUAACAAUAUUAUAAGGGAAUUCCUAAAUAAGCAUAAGUUAUAGAUUCAAAUCAUACUUAAUUGGAAUAAUUAGAAU